AAAAAUGGAUACUUCCCGCACCUCGAAACAACAAAGCCUCCAGCUAUGGUCAGAUGCUAACCGAAUGUGUUUUUGACAGUUGAUAGUUAUCUGUCUUUCUCUUUUUCUUUCGUUAUUCUUCGUGCAAUACCUGCUCAAGAUGGAUGAGGGUGAACUGGAGAAGCUUGCUGUGGAAGAACUGCUGCGUGAAGCAAAGAGAGGACGAGAGCGUGCCAAGGACAUGGGACCUGCAGGAUGGGACAAGUGCCCAGUUCCUCCGGCGAACAAACGGUUUCUGAUAAAUACUUUGGCCAGCCAGCUGUCUAGUCAGAAACGACAACCGCAGUCUGGGAAAAAGAAGAGCGACGACGACGAACAAUCUACUUCAAAGGCAUCACGGUCCACUGAUCAGAAACAUGGUGCUGUAAGAUCUAGCUCCUCAAGAACACAUCAUGACAAAGAUGUUCCGUCAAGCAAGAAGGACAAACAUAGGAAAUCCUGUUCCAGAUCAAGAUCCAGAGAUACUCAUAAACACUCGGAUUCAUCCAAGUCAAGGUCAUAUGGACACUCAUCAAGGUCAAAGUCAUCUGAACAGUACAAAAAAGGAACCUCCACAGGUCGCAGAUCAACAAGGGACAGAUCAAGAACUCACAAUAAAGAUUAAGGUUCAGUCCCCAACUUGAAGAACGUGUGUUCACAUACAAGUAUAAGUAUUCAAGACAAGUAGAAUCUAUGUGUGUAUAGCCAACAUUGGAGUGAUUUUUUGUUGUAUUGCACCGAAAUCUGGGGGGGAAAAAGCGCCUGUCAGGAAUUACAGAAGAUUUUUCACAAAAUAACGGCAAUAAAACUUAAUCUGACAAAAGCCAUUCUCCUAUGCAGAGCUGAAUCCAUGUUACAGAAACUCUUCUAUGAAAACUGAUGUGGGUUUGGAUCUGUGUAGGUGAUUAGAAAACCUGAAUCCGACUUUUCAGGAUGCCUAUUCAUGCCUGCUUGCAAGUUGUUACUUAGCCUGGUUACCAAACCCCAGCCCGAUCUCAAGUAUCUAUCGUGCAGGGGUCUGGCCGGAUGGGAUAGGAACUCUUCUCAAUUUUGCACCUUAUAGUG